AGAAACUCUGACAUGCUCAGCGUUGUUACCAAGGUUAAAAUGCUCAAGAUUGAGGACUAGUCUUAAUCCUUGAAAUAAUAUGAAACCACUUAUAACUUUAAUAAGUAACUGAGAAGAACGAAGAGCUACUUUCUGCAUAGCUCAUAUUUUUCCAUCUCACCAGAGUUUCAACAUGUCAAGUGGAGUUUUGGGCCGUUUGAGCACUCUGACUUUAAGUCUGCAGCAGCUGGGUCAGUUACCACACUUGUCAAACUGGUUGCCUCGUCUGCCUAGACGUCAAGCCACAGUACACGCUUCUGAAGUGCCGAGCCUGUUUCGUGAGCCCUACAUCUUGUCAGGUUAUCGUCCAGUGCAUCAGGAAUGGCGGAGCUACUUCUACAGCCUCUUCCAAUGUCACAAUGAGCUGCUGAAUGUGUGGACACACCUGCUGGCCAUCCCCGCCGUUCUUCUGCAGUUCUCUUUUUUUGCAGGGGCGUGGGGGCUGACGCUCAAUCUGACCUCUCUGCCUCUGUUCUUGUAUGUGCUGUCGUCACUUACCUACCUCAGUUUUAGUGUGGCUGCCCACUUGCUGCAGUCUCACUCUGAACUGGCCCAUUACUCCCUCUUCUUUGUAGACUACGUUGGUGUAGCUGUCUACCAAUAUGGCUGCUCAUUGGGCCACUAUUUUUACUGUUCUGAGGCAGAAUGGAGACACAGUCUAGUUGGUGUAUUGUUUCUUCCUGGUGCUGCCAUGCUGGCCUGGUUGUCCUGUGCCAGUUGCUGCUACUCCAAAUUCCGUUACCGCCGUCCAUACCCAUUCCACCGGAAGAUCUGCCAGAUCAUUCCCACCAGCUUGGCGUACUUGCUUGAUAUAAGCCCCGUAGUGCACCGCCUGCUCACCAAAUCUUGGGAUGAGCCGGUGUUGAUGUUUCACGCUAUGCAAGUGGCGUUUUUCCUCUUGGCAGCUCUGUUUUUCUCGUGCCCCGUUCCUGAGCGCUUCUUUCCAGGGAGGUGUGAUAUUAUAGGCCACGGACAUCAGAUCUUUCACAUAUUCCUGGUCUUGUGCACCAUGUGCCAGCUGGAGGCAAUGUUUAGAGACUUCCUAGUGCAUCAGCAGUCUGUCGUAGAUGCGCACGGAGAGCACUUCAUCUUACUGGCCGGAGGAUCCUUCUUCUUGUUGGUGUUGUGCAGCAUUCUGACUGCAGUUCUGAUGAGGGGAGCCGUGCAAAGACAGCUGAGGAAAAAAGACUGAACAAACAUAUCUGAAGAUUAGGUUAGUUAUGAAGUACCAAAAGGUAUUUAUUGAUAUCAAUUUUCAAUUGUUUUUACAGUAGUGCAUUCAUUAUGAGAAUUGUGAUGGGAUGUCUGUUUGCUUUUAUUUUAAAUCUUGAAGGUCCAAUAGUGUCAUUUUGAAAUCCCAUACUUGCCCCAAAAAAUAACACAAAUGUUGUCCCAAGCAUGAUGCCAUAUCAAAAGCUAUUAAUAUGUACCAUUCAGGCAUUGUUUACACCUUUUGUUUGUGGAUCUAAUCACAAGUAAAUGGUGCUAAAUGGGAUCAAAAACACAUACAGAGCUAGUCAAAACUUAUAGUGCAGAUGCUUAUGGAGUCAAAUGCAUUGGAAACGCCACAAAAACAUCUACCCUCCACCUGCUGACCUCAUUUUUUAAACAUUAGGGCUGCACAAUAUUCAGCAUCGAUAUCGCAAUGUGAUCAUUCGCAAUAGACACAUUGCAGGAUUUGCAAUGUUGAGUUUGUAUUAUAAUUCAUCAUUUGCUUGUGUUUUUUGAUGCCUGAUGUGAUUGUAAAAUGAUUUUAAAAGCAUUCAUCCAUAAGAAAUUGCACCAUUUGUGGCCUUAACUAUGAUUCAUUAUUUCAUUUGUAUUUUUAUCAUUCAAUUACUGUACUUGAAUACUGUUAGACUCUGGAAAUGAUAAAACACUUUAUUUUUGUUGUAUCUUUUUCUUGAUUGUAUUUAUAGAUUAGUAUGCAUGAAAAUACAACACAUGCUAAUACAGAAAUGCACAGUAAAUAGCACAGACCACAACGAAAAUGUGUCAGGGGACCCCGAUAAGCUUAUAGAUUGUUUAUUAGAUUUUAUCGAGAUGCAAAUAGUAAACAUUAAUCAAUCUCUGACUGAAAACAUGCAUGAAAAUAUUCACAACACAUACAUAAAUGCACCGCAAAUACAUACCACAGACCACAACAACAAUGUAUCAGGGAAAUUUAUAGAUUGUUUAUUAGAUUUUAUGGAGAUGCAGAAUCAUCCCAGCUGAUCUAACAUUAUAAAUUCUUUCCAAAUAGAGAUUUUAGGUCAUCUGGUGAAAGGGUAUUCAUAUUGCAAUAUAUAUCGCAAAAUACAAAAAUAUCACAUUUUUGCUAGAUUUUUCCAAUAUCGUGCAGCCCUAUUAAACAUUACAGGAUGUGCUGUUGAAACAAGCUAGCAAGAUGGGAUUUAAACUUGCCUGUAAAUUUGCCCAUAAAGACCCUUCCCUUAACAAAUCAGGAAAGUAGUCACAGAAAAUGCAUUAAAACACCAGGCGUAAGUGAGAAUGUGUCCCCCUCAUGUAAUUGUAAGGAUUGUGCAAAAAAUAUUAUCAGACAUUCUGUGAAAAUUUCCUUGCUCUGUUAAAUAUCAUUUGGGAAAUAUUUAAAAAAGAAAAAAACUCAAAGGGGGGCUAAUAAUUCUGACUGUAACGUUAUGCAUCUUAAUGCAUUUUAAUACCAGGUGUAAAUAGGGCCCUUUGUAAUAAUAUGUGCAUAAAUAAAAAUAUAAACAGCUUUUCCUACUUGAAUGAACCAGAAAAAAUGUUGAGUGAGAAUCUUGAUUUUGUUCAUAAUGGAUUGAUUGGAAUGUUGGAGUGUUGUGGUUGUUUUAUUGGUUAAUCCGGUUGUCCCACCUUUGUACCAGUAUACAUGAGAUUAAGUUAUUUGA